AUGGGCACGCGCAGCGUUAUUUGCAUCUGGUACAAGGGUCGCUUCGUCGUCGCCCAGUAUACCCAGUUUGACGGCUAUCCUGAGGGGCAGGGAAUCAAGAUUUUAAAAUUCCUUGCAGCUCCGGGUAACGUUGAGCGUCUCAAGGCCGGUCUCGAGCACGUCAAAAUCAUCAGCGAAGAAGAGCACAAUGAAAUCGCGGAAAAAGUGGAGGAGGACACCAGGGCAAAGCAAGCUGCCGGCGCCCAGAUCUUGCAGUUUGAUUUCAGCGGAAGAUCUGAAUUCGACCGCGCCUUCCCCUCUCUUUCCCGUCUUGCUGGUGGCAGGAUCUUGGAACUCGUUGCCCAGGGUACUGCUGAGAAGCCAACCAUGAUUUACAUGGACUUGGGAUUCGUGAAUGAUGCCCUCUUCUGCGAAUGGGCUUACUGUGUUGAUCUCGACUCCGGCGUCUUCGAAGUGUUUGGAGGUGGUACUUCAAAAGAGCAAUCCGGAAGCAAGCGAUUCCAGGACGUUGGAGAGCCAGAUGCGCCAGUUCCUCGCCUCGUGAAAAGCUUUUCAUUUGACAACCUGCCAAAGGAUCAGGAUGAGUUCAUCGAUAUCCUAAAUGUUGCCCUGGAAGGUCCACAAGAGGCUCGUGAUGGCGAGCAGGUCCAGGGCCAGCAGGAGGAAGCGCAGACUGCAGAAGACAACGACUAG